AUGGCUCGAUACGCGCAAUACGAUUUCUACCAACAAUCCCCAUCUACACUAGACGUGCCUCCCUCCGAAGAAGAUGAAAUGAGUGUCCUCGACGAUAAAAUCCUCGACUCAACCUCCCCAGGUCUUUCCGACCCCCGCCGCCCCUCCUACGACACAGACCCAGCCGCCUUCUCACAUCGCAACUCCGUCUGGUCCAACUACUCCCAUGCCAGUUCUGACCAGGCCCAGUCUCAGUCCCGAUCAUCUCAUCUCCCCCACUCCGUUCUCGACUCAACGGGCGCCCAGUUCAUGACUGUCGACGGUCCCCAGCCCUACGCCCAGCCCCAGCCCUCAUCCUGGGCCCUCUCCCGCGACCCUUCCGGCUCAUGCACCCCAACCGCCUACGACCAGUACCCCUCCGAGGCAGAGCAAACUACUACCUCGGGUGCGUUCUCUGGUGGUGCCGUCGGUCCCAUGGGUGCGAUCCCGAUGGGCGCGGUGUCGUAUCGUGGCGCCGUGAAUUUUGCCGCGCCGCCUGGAACGGGCGGGGUUGCCAUGUCCCCGCAAUCGAGUCAGGGCUGGAUGCCGGCACCUAUGGAUUUGGCGGAUGCCGCCGCCGCGGCCAAGAGCAGUUCGUAUCGGAAUGGGUCGCCGUUGACGCUGCGCAGGGAUGGGAUCCGCAAGAAAAAUGCGAGAUUUGAGAUUCCCGCCGAGCGCACGUUGAGUAAUAUCGACCAGUUGAUUAGCCAGUCGAGCAAUGAGGAGGAGGUGAAGGAGUUGAAGCAGCAGAAGCGACUGUUGAGGAAUCGACAGGCAGCUCUUGACUCGCGCCAACGCAAAAAACUGCAUACGGAGAAACUCGAAGAGGAGAAAAAACACUAUACCCAUACCAUCACUCAACUCGAGGAUAUAGUCUCCAGCCUGCAGAAGCGGGAAGCCGAGUUGAUGCGCGAGAAGAGCGAGUGGAUCGCUCAGCAUCAACAGAUCACCGCCUAUCUGGAGAGAAUGCACUUGGAGAAAGAUGAGAUCAUCCGCGCGCACACCCUGGAGACGGCCGAACUGCGCAAGAAGAAUAACAUCUUGCUGGAGACGGUCGAGAAACUCGAGCACGGCGUCAAGCCCACCAUGGCCGAUCAAGCUCAAGCCCAUGCCCACGUGCAGGCUACCGAUUUCACCGGCUUUGAAAACCUGUCCAUGGAUACUACGCCUUGGGAUGAGUUCAACAUAGCAAAUGGUCUUCCCAUGCCGGAUACCGUCCCUGCUUCUCACGGUCAUGCCCAUGCCCACGCCCAUGCCCAGCAGCAGUCGCAGUCGCAGCCUCUCCAGGUUACCGAGCGUCAAGCGGACAAGCCCGCCUCAGACUACCCCUUCAGCUGGAAUGCCUUCUACAUGUGCCUCCUCUUCGGCGCCUUCAUCGCCUCCAACGCCAACACAAACUUGGCCGGCCGCUCCCUCCCCCAGCUCUCGGAAGAGUACCGCGCCGAGUCUGCCAACGUCCUCAAAGCAGUCCUCGCUUCCUCUCCACCAGACCUCACCCACCCCGCCGCCCUCGCAGUCUCCGCAUCCGCACCUCAGCCGUCCAUCACCAUGGACAUGACCCAUAUGGGUCCCUCGCACGCCCGUCCCUCCACGCUGGACGAGUUACAUGACACACUCGUCCUGCCGAGCGAGGAACAGGAGCGGGCGCAGGUGUUCGCCCUCAAUGCGGAUCAGUAUAACUCGCUGACCACCUUUGAGGACGACGGUGCGCCGUUCAAGCCGCAGCCGUCGAAUUUGCAGGCUGCGUUGGCGGCUAUGCGGAAUAAUGCGGCGCAGCACCGUGUGCAUGCUGGCGAGGACGUGUACUCGCGUAGCUUGAUGUGGGAGCGCGUGCCCGAGAAGGUGAUUCGUGAUUUCCGGCGUAUGGUGCAGGAGUAUGGUGGUGGUCCUGUCAAGGAGGAGAUGAUGACUUUUUAA